GCUAGGUUUGCCAAACCAAUUCCCCAUAGGGGUCCUUAGAGACCAAUCCUCUUCCCUCUCUCUCUUACUUUUUCUAUCCUUUCCUUAUUCCCUCUUUCAAUGGCUUCCUCAUCUUCCAGAACAAAGUCAAGUGGACCCGUUCUACGCUCUCUCUCACCCUCCACCAGAUUCUGUUCCUACACCACAUCCAAAACCCCUUUCUCUUCACCUUCUUCAGCCUUUGCUUCCUCCACAGGCUCCACCUUUUCCUCUCCCUCCUCCACCUUCUUCACCAACACUCGUCACCAAAACUCCCACACAAACCACCACUCUCAUCACCGUGCCGCUUCCCCUACACGUGUCAAUCUAUACUCACCCACGCCUCCUUCCUCUUCCGUACGCUUCUCGAUCGACCCCCGUUCCAUCUCCCCCAACCGCUCCAUCUCCAACCAGAUCAUCACCAAGAACAGCCGUCCCAUCUCUGGCCACAAGAAAACCUGCAUGUGUUCCCCUACUACACACCCCGGCUCCUUCCGAUGCAGCCUACACAAGAACAGUGCCAACAACAACCACCACGCGGAUUCGUACCCUUCCAAUCGCCUCAAUAUGCGCAGAUCCGCGAUGAAGAACUCGCUUGUGAGGAUCGGAGGCGUGGAGGGUGAGUGGGUGAAACGUGCCCUAACCGCGCUUAUUCGGCCCAGUUCUCAUCAGCAAAGGAGGAGAGCGGCCUUCGAGCCCAGGCCCAGCCGUCUCUCUGUCAUGUCCAAGGCCCAGGAUCUUUGAUUUUUUUUUCAAUUUAAUUUUACAGGUUCGUUCUCCAUUUUACUGCUAUUGCGGUGGUUUAACUACCCCUAGCGCCCUGAUCUGCCGCCAGAGUUGGAUUCCGGCGAAGCGGUUGGGAGGUAGCGGCGAGUCCUCUCCGGCGAGUUUUGAUUUCGUCGUCUGGAGCAGCAGAUUGGUGAAUUGUCUCCUUGGCGCAUUUCCCCAUAGAUCUAUGACACUGGACGCACACACACAAUUGCUAUUUGUUCGUUAAUUUUCCGUCAAUGGCCGCCGUUUCCAUUUGGCUCCUGGGUUGUUCCACCGUUAGGAACCGUUCCGUUACCCGUGAUGCCGUUGACCGUCUGUUACGUUGGUCCAGUUGCUUUACGUGCUGUGUCAGGUUGGUUGUGUAGCUGGACUUUGGAAUUGGGGAAUAUUUGAAUUCUUGUGUCCGAAGUUGGCGUUCAUACAUUUAGAAGAGGCUGAAGUUUUUGACAGAAGUAUCUAGAAAGAAACCCUAGCACAAAGGAGGACCAAUUCUAUGAAUUCGGUAACAGGACAAGGAGUAGAAUAUUAAAAAAAAGUUAUAUUAAAAAUCUAUUAAAAUGAAAUUGAAAAUGAUUAACAAUCCUAUUAUCCUAUUAUAAUAUGAAUAAUGUGCAGAAUGAAACACGCUCCUCGGGUGGAGGAUGAAAUCUGAAAUCGGACAAAAAUAAGAAAAAUAAAUAUAAAAAUGAAUAAAGGAAUAUUUUUUGUUCAAGUUAAAGGUAAAAAUCUCAAUAUAAAAAAUAAAGAAAAACUGAAAGUUGGUAACUUUUAUUAAAUUUAAGAAGGUUUGGUCAGGAAAGUUGAAAGAUGAUGGAACUUGUUUAUGAAGCAGUGCCAGCUGGCCAUGUGGGGGUGCUUUUUAAUUCGACUCCAGCUUUCACAAUAAUGCACUAUAAUUUUGGCAUUUACUUUUAAAUCAAUUUUGAAAACGGCUUUUAAUUAACAAUCAUUGAUAUUAUGGCAUUUAAUAUGGAGAUAGUCAGGUAAAAAAAUUUUGAACCACCCAAUUAAAAAGUUACCACUGUAAUAUUGGCGAAUAUUCUUUUUGUUGAAGAUUAGUGUUUUCAAGCAUAUAUUAUUACAAAAUAUUUAUUGAUAGUUGACUGAAAAAACUGAAAGUUAUUCAGUGGCAGUGACGUUGUAACGUGGUCAUUCUGGCCAUCUGGAAUGGUAAUGGUAAUUUUUUAACAAGGAAAGGCACAGCUCACAACACCAAAGUUGCUUACACCUCACGCGUUAUGGGUAUAGAUUAGAUCACACGUUCAUUCAUGCUUACUUUAGUUUUAAGGAAAUAAAUAAAAGGAAUGAAAAUAGUGGAUAAAUAAUUAAUGUUUAACUAUUCAGUAAACUAAAAUCUGUGAAAAAUAAAUAAAAGGACAAAC